UCCGACUACUUAAAAAGGCACUACUAACUUUGAGCGUGGAACGGAAGGAGACCUUAAAAUGGCGCGGCAAUGGCAGCAGGUGGCAGCGUCGUUUAAGGGAAGAAUCUCCCUCUCUAUCUCUCUCCUCCUUAAUUUAGGCGUUUCUGUUACCUCUGCUUUCUCGCGUUCUUCCUCCCCACCUCUCAAAUCUUUCCCCUCUCUCCCAAAAAAGUCACCUUUGAAAUAAGAAACAAAAUCCGCCUCUCACUUCCAUCCCUUCUCUAUUAACUGUUCCGACAAUACAAAUUCCUUCUUUUCAUUCAAUUACAUUGCUUCUAUCGUUAUUUUAUUCUUCUUCUUUUUUUUUCCUCCGAGGCGAAGAGGCUAUGAGUGUCCCCCCCUUCGCUCUUCGGUUGCUGGAGCGAUAGGAGCGAAAAUUUUGAAGUCUCAAUUGCUUUUUAACCCUAGAUUGCUUGAUAAGUUCGUAUGGAAAAAUCUGAGAAAACUGGUUGCUUUUCUUGUAUAAGCCCUCGCCACCGGGAAUCGAGGAGCCGGACGGGCUUUAAAAUUUCUAAUACGUCCUCAGCUCGUUCUUCCUUAUCCCGUGUUAUUGAUUGUUUGGAGAAUGAAACAAACCCGUUGUCUCCGAAAGCAGAUAAUAGCAACUGUACACAAAGUUUUACUUUUAAAGAACUCGAGAUGGUUACCCAAAAUUUCAGGGAGGCAAAUUUGAUCGGCGAAGGUGGUUUUGGAAGGGUCUUUAAGGGCCAACUUGAAAAUGGCCAGGUAGUGGCAAUCAAGCAACUUAAUCGAGAUGGGCUACAAGGAAGUAAUGAGUUUCUUGUGGAAGUUCUAAUGUUAAUGAUGCUGCAUCAUCCUAAUCUUGUCGGCUUAAUUGGCUACUGUGCCGAAGGGUCUGAGAGGCUCUUGGUUUAUGAGUACAUGCCACAUGGAAGCCUGGAAGAUCACCUAUUUUAUUUAUCUCCUGGACAAGAAUCACUAAACUGGAACAUGAGAACGAAGAUUGCCCUUGGUGCCGCCCAGGGGCUCGCCUAUUUACAUGAUGUGGCUAACCCACCAGUUAUUUACCGUGACCUGAAAUCUGCAAACAUAUUAUUGGAUGAGGACUUCAAUCCUAAACUUUCUGAUUUUGGACUUGCAAAGCUUGCACCAGUUGGUGAUAGAACCCAUGUAUCAACGAGGGUGAUGGGAACAUAUGGUUAUUGUGCUCCUGAUUAUGCUAUGAGUGGGAAGCUGACAGUGAAGUCUGACAUAUAUAGCUUUGGCGUGGUGCUCUUGGAGCUGCUCACAGGGAGGAAAGCAUAUGACAUUACCAGGACAUCCGGGGAGGAGAAUUUGAUCUCUUGGUCGCGCCCUUUCCUUAACGAUCGACGACAAUUUAUCCGACUGGCUGAUCCAAUGCUUCGAGGUCGCUUCCCAUCCCGCCCUUUCCACCAGCUUGCUGUUGUCACUUCAAUGUGCCUCCACGAGAAGCCACACGUUCGCCCGGCUGCUCGCGACAUAGUCUAUGCACUCAACCAUGUUGCCUCUCAGCCUUAUGUUGAUUCAGACCAUGCUGCUUCAUCUGCAGAAUCUCAGAUGCAGAAUGAUUCUAAUAACCAAAGCCGUUCAUUUUCUCAUUGAGAGUUUGAGACCAAAACAAGAAAAAAAGAAAAAAAAAGUUCUAAACUAUUAAGCCUGCAUAUUAUAAGAUAUUAACUGCAUUUUUGGUAAAGUUGAUGUCAAUAAUGAGAUGAUUGUUGGUUAUUAAUGAAAAUGUGUUGAGAAUCUUUGAUCCUCA